AUGACCUCCCCAAACCACUAUGCAGUGCUAGGCGUCUUGCGAUUUGCGACACACGCAGAGAUCAAGGCCGCGUACAACCGUCUCGUUUUGCAAGCUCACCCAGACAAGGGCGGCUCACCGUCAGAUUUUAUCAAGAUUCAAGCAGCGUGGGAAGUACUGAGAGAUACAUCAGCGCGGGCCGAAUUUGACCGAAAAAUUCCUUUCGCAACUGGUGUACCGGGCCAGCCUCAAUCAUCAAGAGGUAAGUCCCCUCGCGGUGCCGAGUCCCGCAGUGGUGAACGUAAGUCAUCACCCGGUAGCCGUCACUCUCAUCCCGCAGGCGGAAACACCGGGCCCAGCACAAAACCCAAUUCCCAUAGAUGGAGUGGAUAUCGUGAGUCUGCGGGUGGAAACGCUUAUAACAACUAUCACGGCUUCUCUGCCAAAGAUACAGACGAUGGAGUUCCAAAAUCAAGAUCACGACCGACGAAUCCAGAGGGCGCAUCAGCAAAGCAACAUCAUACUCGUGGGCGCGAUGAGCCUUCGCCCAAGGAUACACCUAUGGCAGAUCCGCCAGACGAGCCAAAGCCAGAAAGACCGUCACAUGAGCGAAGCCACUUUGCGGGAGUAGGGACACGCAAUUCACACGCAAGAGGCAGACAGAGAAGCCCCAGCCCUGCCCCUGACCAUCCUCGUGGAAGAUGGUCCCCUCCGGGUGCAGCGCACACAGAAAUGGACAUCAAGCCUAUCCAAGAUCUCGCUGACAAGGCAGCUCGAAAUCUCAAGAGCUACAAAGAGCUUCUAGAGGUGGUUCGUUUCCGUACAAGUUCCCACCCGCUGACCCAGCUGAGCGAGGAGAUGCAUAUGAAGCUCCGACACGUUCAAUGUUGUCUGUCCGCGCGCGAGAUGAAGAUCAAGCUCCGUGUCUACGCCAUCAUGAACUAUAAUGCCGAGGUGCGAGCACGCCAGACUACCACACCGUUGGAAUCCUUCUACCCGUCUCUGAUAGAGACAAUACUAGAUACAGACAUGGACAAUGUGUCGGACCUGAACCAUGCGAUGGGACGCGUGCUUCGCGACACGGCCGAGAUGGUGCGAGUCAAGCAGGUGCUAGACUCCAAGGCUAUGAAGCUCACCGACGGAGAGAAGUCGGUCAGGAAUUGGAGGAGCUCUAUCGACGCAUUGGCCCGGUUGUUGACCAAGAUCCUUACAAGCUCCUUCGCCACUGUGGCUUGA